GCUCCGAGUCCGCUCCAUUCUGUACUACACUCCACCCGAACCGGGAAUUGUCUGUGUUUCAGGAACAAAUCAGUUCUAUUCUCAACUGAAAUGGCACCCAAGAAGGACGCUAAGGCUCCCGCCAAGAAGGCCGAGCCCGCCAAGAAGGCCGAACCUGCACCAGCACCAGCACCUGCACCGGAACCUGCCCCUGCUCCCGCUGCUGCACCAGCCGUCGACCUGUCCGCUGUCAAGGUGGAAUUCACCCCAGACCAGCUUGAAGACUAUAAGGAGGCCUUUGGACUCUUUGACAGGGUGGGUGACAACAAGGUGGCUUACAACCAGAUCGCCGACAUCAUGCGUGCUCUGGGACAGAACCCCACCAACAAGGAUGUGACCAAACUGUUGGGAAACCCCUCCGCUGAUGACAUGAACAGCAAGAGAGUAGAGUUUGAGGCUUUCCUGCCCAUGCUUCAGACCGUUGUAUCCAGCCCAAAUAAGGCAGGAUACGAGGACUACGUUGAGGGUCUGCGUGUCUUUGACAAGGAGGGCAACGGCACAGUGAUGGGUGCUGAGUUGCGCAUUGUUCUUUCAACACUGGGAGAGAAGAUGACUGAGACUGAGAUUGACGCUCUCAUGCAGGGACAGGAGGACGAGAGUGGCUGUGUGAACUAUGAGGCCUUUGUCAAGCACAUCAUGUCUGUGUAAGGACCCUGCCACUGCGGUGGUGAGCAUUGGAUAUGUGCAGACCCCAUGGUGUCGCGACAUCCACUCACUGUUUCCUGUACAACAUGAGGAAGCAGGGGAAACAAAGGACUAUGAGAUGUCUUUUAUUUUGUUCAUUUUUUCUCUCUCUUUUUGUCCAACUGGUGCUUUUUUUCUCUCCUCCUCCUUCUGUCGUGGAAGAUGUCCCAAGCUCUUUUUCUUCAUUUACACCAAUGUGCCCCUGUCUUAUCAGGGUGUUUGUCAUCACUGGUUUUCACAGUAGAGCUGUGAUGGAGGGAAAGAUGGGAUACUGAUGAACCCCUUCUUCCCUACCACCACCAACCCCGCCCGUCACUUACUGUCUGUCUGGCUAUCUGCCUCUAAAGUGACUGGUUUGGCCCAGGACUGGCCAUCAAAAUGAAUCCACUCCUCACCCAACCCAUCCCUGAGUCUUAACUUAUUGUACUCUCCUCUGACAAUUCCCAAUAAACUUUUCACAAACUCC